AUGCUUGCUUGCUUGGGGAGAAGAAAAUGGAGGAGAUUGUCGACGGGGACUCUAAAAGCAACCUGGAAAUCGGUCAACGGGGAGGACGCAAGUAGCAGCAGAGGAAGAAUCGCGCGAGGAGUAAGCAGUGGAGCGGAAACGAUAGCUAAAGAGAGAGUUGACACCGUCGUGAUCGGUGCCGGAGUCGUGGGUUUAGCGGUGGCGCGUGAGCUCAGCAUCCGCGGAAGAGAGGUGCUGAUCCUCGACGCCGCCUCAUCGUUCGGCACCGUUACGAGUUCCCGAAACAGCGAGGUCGUCCACGCCGGAAUCUAUUAUCCACCAAACUCUCUAAAGGCCAAGUUAUGUGUAAGAGGAAGGGAAUUGCUGUAUAGGUAUUGCUCUGAACAUGAAAUCCCUCACAGGAAGAUUGGUAAGCUAAUCGUUGCCACAGGAUCCUCUGAGAUACCGAAAUUGGAUCUGCUGAUGCAUCUUGGAACUCAGAAUCGAGUCUCGGGUCUAAGGAUGAUGGAAGGCUUUGAAGCAAUGAGGAUGGAGCCGCAUCUUCGAUGUGUUAAAGCAUUGCUCUCUCCUGAAUCUGGAAUCCUCGAUACACAUUCCUUCAUGCUAUCUUUAGUGGGACAAGCAGAAAACAGCCACGCAACUUUCUCAUACAAUACAGUGGUUUUAAGCGGUCGUGUUGAAGAAGAGAAGAUGCGUUUGUUUGUUGCUGAAAUCGGAUCAUUUGUAGCACAGCUUGAGCUAAUCCCUAAUCUCGUUGUUAACUCUGCGGGGUUAGCUGCUCAAGCUCUAGCAAAGAGUUUCCAUGGCUUAGAUCGUCGAUUCAUUCCUUCGUCUCACUAUGCUCGUGGAUGCUACUUUACCCUAUCGGGUAUAAAGUCUCCACCUUUCAAUAGCCUUGUGUAUCCUAUACCUGAGGAAGGAGGUCUUGGUGUCCAUGUCACUGUUGAUUUGAACGGACUUGUCAAGUUUGGUCCUGAUGUUGAAUGGAUUGAAUGCAAAGACGAGAGAUCAAGCUUCCUCAACAAAUUUGAUUAUCGUGUAAACCCACAACGAGCGGAGAAAUUCUACCCGGAGAUCAGAAAGUACUAUCCGGAUCUCAAAGAUGGAUCGUUGGAACCCGGUUAUUCAGGCAUUCGUCCCAAGCUUUCUGGACCAAAACAGCCUCCCGCAGAUUUUAUCAUACAGGGAGAAGAGACUCAUGGAGUUCCUGGUCUUGUGAAUCUCUUUGGCAUCGAAUCGCCUGGUUUAACCUCAAGCCUGGCUAUUGCAGAACAUAUAGCAAACAAGUUCUUAAGAUGA